AUGGCUACUGCUUCCUUCGCUUGCUCACUUUUCGUCUCACCACUAACUAAAUCAUCUUCUACGCUCUUGAAUCCGAAUCAGCUUCUACGUUCGACCUACAGAACCAGGAGCCUUGUUAUCAGGUCCAUGGCUGUGCAAGAAGAUGACAAGAGAACGAGCGAUGAAUCAAUGAGCAUUGACAAUUUACGCGGAUUCGUCGAUCUUAACGUUGGAAAAUGGACUGGCUCCUUUCAUCAAUUUGAUGGUAAUGGGAAUUUAUUGCAUAAAAUUGAUACUCGACUUUCUGCUAGUUCAUAUGGAGAAGAUGAACUCAUCAGCCUUAACCAAUCGUUAUAUAUAAAGCAGCCUACAUCAGCUACUUCAGUGGCCGAAGAGGAAGAAGAGGAACCAGAAUGGGUUGAAUACAAAAUCAAAGAAACUAAUAUGUUCACUGUGGACAAAUAUCAGCAGAUUGGAUAUUUCCCCAAGGAGAGAGCAUUUUCGUUGAGGUAUCAAACCGCUGGAAUGUUGGAUACUACGUUAAGGCAAGGCGUUCUCGGGGAAGAUGACACUGGAGAAGAAUCACCAAGAUUUCUUAAACUUCCAUCUCGGCGUCCUGCUUUAGUAUGUGAGAACUGCUUGUAUUCGACGAAGAUGGAUAGAAGGGCUAGAGCCUUUCACAUCAUGGAUCCUAAAGGUGUUCUUGAAAUGCUUAUUGUUUUCCUCGAGGAAAGAGGGGUAGAGAAUCUCACGCAUCCAGUCCUCGAUAACUCUCAGGAUGAUGGAGAAAGGAUUACUCCGUUUCUCGGUACUUGGAAAGGUCGUUCAGUAACAAAACGAAGCGGUGUCUAUGGAGCAACUCUAUCUGAAGCCGAUACUAUCGCUGUUCUUGAAAUGAAUGACAAAGGUCAGGUAGUCCAGGAUAUUUCCUCGACAUCCGAUGUGAAGAAUGUUACUACAAAUGUGCACUGGGUGGGUAAAAUGUCGAAUAACUUGGUGACAUUCGAGGAAGGAUACCAAAUGACAUUGUUACCAGGAGGUAUGUACAUGGGAUGUCCCUGUGACGUAUCAAAGAGUGUUGCUGAGUUAAAGUCUUUCCAUUUAGAAUUCUGCUGGCUUGAAUCGCCUGUCUCAAGACAGAGACUGGUCCGCACAUAUGACCAUGAAGGUUUGGCUGUCUCAUCAACUUAUUUUUCUGAGAUGAAAGUGUAA